CCGCGACCGCCACGCAGUCUUCCCGCGCGGUCCGCACGUGUGCCUAGCGUGUCUAUACUGCUCCGCAAACAUUCAAGCCGAAUACGAACUAAAUGCUAACAUCGAAGUGCGGCAAUUAUUAACAAAAAAAAAACUCUAUGUGUCACCACUUUGUGCCCCGACGUGCUACGUUACGACACUAACGUACUGUGCAACAAUUUCAGUGCUCCGACAAUAGGAACUUUAAUUGUUUUAUUUCUUACUUCCUCGAUAGAUUAAUUAGAUCUUACAUGGAACCGGAACGUUUUAAAUUAAUGUUUGAAGUUUAUUAGAUGAAUUUCACUGGAUAAAACAUAUGGCGGACACAACGACUUGAAUGCGUCCCGAAAGCCUUGAGACAUCACUGUCUGGUCCUCGUGAUACCAAGCAAAGCGUGUACGCUAUGAAUGAUCAGACCUUUCAUACGCCAUCUUUUGGAGACGAAGACUUUGACAUUCCACUGAUGCACGGGCAGCAUGCGCCAGGUGGCGCUGCGCACGUCACGCAAAUACAGUACGCACAAAUACAUCACUCCGCGCCACAGGUUGGAAUGAUGAAUCCGGCACAAGACGGCUUAGCACCACCGGGCGGCGCACCUUCUUAUCAACAACCUCUCUACUUACAAGAACCUCAUACACCAGUAACAUCACACAGUGGUGCUGGAGCUCCAGCAGGAAAUUAUAUAAUCCAACAACAACCUGGUGGGCAGCAGCGACUACUGAUGAUGCAACCAUCUCAAGUAAUGAGCGGCCCACCAACUCCUAGUACUCCGACUCAACCCGGACCAGUGUAUGGAUCACCCCAGCAAGCUUCACCACCUGGAACGACCAGUGAUGAUUCCGAUGACAGUGUACCAUCCCAACAUUCACAGUUGCCUGGUGAUGCGGAAAGCCUUCUGCCAAUCCAUUAUUGCUCAGCGAGCCGGCAGCAACAAACUACGCUUCAUCAGAUAGGAGUGAGUAAUAUAGGUGUUAAAAGAUCAUCCCCAGAACCAAUGGACAAUGGUAUUAACCGUGGACAAAUGCAAAAGAAACCGAAAGUUCAAAAAAAGAAAAAGAAACGGGACCCUAAUGAACCUCAAAAACCUGUCUCUGCGUAUGCCUUAUUUUUUCGUGAUACUCAAGCUGCAAUCAAAGGUCAAAACCCUAAUGCAAGUUUUGGAGAAGUGUCCAAAAUUGUUGCAUCAAUGUGGGAUGGUCUAGAUUCUGAGCAUAAAAGUGUUUACAAACAAAAAACUGAAGUAGCGAAGAAAGAAUACCUCAAGGCCCUAGCUGCAUACAGAGCUAGCCUUGUUUCUAAGGGAGGAGAACAAGAAAACCAAGUUAUGUAUAAUCACUCCAAUUCCAACUCUUCAUAUGGUAACUACUACCAAGGACAAAGUUACAAUGGACAUUCUCCACAAGGCUAUGUCCCAAAUUCUACGCCGCAGGGAUUUUCUUCACAAAACUAUACAGGAGGACAAGCUCAAACUGCAUACCAGGGACAAACUGGACCUGGUUAUCCUCCCAAUGCUCCACCAACUUCACAAAACUACCAGGGAAAUAUGGGACAUCCCCCGCAAGCAUACCAGGGGGUACCAGGGCAAAGUCCUCCAGGUUACCAGGUAAACCCAGCAACGUCACCACAAGCUUGCCAAUCGACAAUCGCUCAGUCUCCGAGGAGUUACCAACCGGCGCCCUCACCCAAUAACUUCCAGUCACCACCCGGUGUCUCUCCGCCGGGGUACAGACAGUUACAGGCACAGUCGCCGCCCAUGGGCCCCGCUCACACAGCUAUGCAGUACCACCACACACAACAGAUGCAGCAAGUUCAUCAAGUACAGCAAUAUCAGCAACAGCAACAGCAAUUACAUCAACAUCAGCAGCAGCAACAGCAGCAGCAGCAGCAACACCAACAACAACACCAACAGCAACAACAUCAGCAGCAGCAACAACAACACCAACAACAACAACAGCAGCAGCAGCAGCAACAACAACAUCAGCAGCAGCAACAACAACAACAUCAGCAGCAGCAACAGCAUCAGACACAGCAUCAGCAACCCUCUCAACAGCAAAACACGAAAGUAAAAAAUGAACCACUAUCACCAAACAACAAUGGCAACCCUGGUGGCAUGCCCCAACAAUCUCCCGAGCAAAGUGAAAGCCGAGGCAUACCGUCAUGCAUCCGACAGGGAUGUACCAACCCCGCAAUUGCUAACAGUGAAUGGGAGGAUGAGUAUUGCUCCAAUGAAUGUGUCGUCAGCCACUGCAGAGAUGUAUUCAGCUCAUGGGUGGCAUCCAACACAAACAACCAAAUCCAAAACUUUUCUGCAGUGAAAUAAAUCUCUACAUAUCUGGUAUAUUGUAACAUUAGUUAUGGCUACACUAUAAUUAGCAUAUUUUAUUUAAUCGUUGAAAAUAUUUAUUAAUUCAAUGUUGCAACACUUGUUUUGAUGUUUGUUCAAGGUU